GGUUCUCUAUAGGGCGACCAGAUGUACGUGUUCAUGAGCCUAUAGACGCCAUGUUUGAUGUUGACGGCAUCGACAUGCCUACUUUCGGUCUGUGUUGGACACGUCGCGAGAGACGCUUUGCUAGUGAUCAGACCAGGAAGGCAUACACAGCAUUGCACGAGCAGUUCGAUGCGUACACCGGGGUCAUCUGGCAGCCCUACACGAAAGCAGCCAUACAAGCGAGAUACCCUGGUGGUAUGUCUGUGCUAUGCACAAGGGACCGAGAUUACUGGAUGACAAAAUCUAAGAUCAUCUUCGAUGUCUUCGUCGAGGAGAUGGCACAACAGAGGGUUAUGAGGCAAUUUGGUCUUCUGCAGUUGGAGCUACCUCCCCCUAUAGAGAACCCGGUGCCAGCACACAUCCACAGGCUACCUUGACACGCGAACUCUACGACGACGUGACCACCUUUGGACGAUCACUAUCGUCUG